UAAGUCGUUGCCAUGGACAAAUGGACCUCCUCCCACAGUAUCUAGCAUUCGCUACCCCUACCUAUGUUGUGUUAUUUUCGUUGUGGAAGACAGAGUACCUAGAAAAGAUGAAGAAAUAUCCGAUUUGUGAUGACACAAGUAGUGAGGUUCGUCCCGAGAGAAGUGAUGGCUGGUAAGGUAAAAUGGGUGACCGAUAUAGAGAAAUCAGUGCUCGUCAAUAAUUUUGAGAAGAGAGGAUGGACACAAGUGACGGACAGCGAGGACUGGAACUUUUAUUGGAUGAGCAUCCAGACCAUUCGGAAUGUUUUUAGUGUGGACACAGGCUAUCGCUUGUCUGAUGAUCAGAUGGUUAACCACUUCCCAAACCACUAUGAGCUGACAAGGAAAGAUCUGAUGAUCAAGAACAUAAAACGCUACAGGAAGGAGCUGGAGAAGGAGGGAAGUCCCCUCUCUGAGAAAGAUGAAAGCGGAAAAUAUAUUUACCUGGAUUUCGUGCCAGUGACAUUCAUGCUGCCAGGCGACUAUAACCUGUUUGUGGAGGAAUUCCGCAAGAGCCCAUCCAGCACAUGGAUCAUGAAGCCCUGUGGGAAGGCUCAGGGCAAAGGAAUAUUUCUCAUCAACAAACUCUCCCAGAUCAAAAAAUGGUCCCGGGACAGCCGCACUUCCACGUUUAUGGCAGCUAACAGUGGGAAGGAGGCUUAUGUGAUCUCACUAUAUAUUGAUAAUCCACUGUUGAUUGGUGGGAAGAAGUUUGAUUUGCGUCUGUAUGUAUUGGUUACGACCUACCGGCCACUCAAAUGUUACAUGUAUAAACUUGGAUUUUGCCGAUUUUGCACUGUUAAAUACACCCCUAGCACUAGUGAGCUGGACAACAUGUUUGUUCAUCUUACAAAUGUUGCAAUCCAAAAACAUGGCGAUGAUUAUAACCAUGUGCAUGGUGGUAAAUGGACAGUCAGUAACCUGAGACUGUAUCUAGAGAGCACCAGAGGAAAGGAUGUCACCAACCAUCUCUUUGACCAGAUCUACUGGAUCGUAGUGCAGUCACUCAAAGCUGUGGCUCCUGUCAUGAACAAUGACAAACAUUGCUUCGAAUGCUAUGGGUAUGACAUCAUUAUCGAUGACAAGCUCAAGCCGUGGCUUAUUGAGGUGAAUGCCUCUCCUUCACUCACCUCGAGCACUGCUAAUGACCGCAUUCUGAAGUACAACCUUAUCAAUGACACACUCAACAUUGUUGCACCCAAUGGCGAGAUUCCAGAUUGCCGCUGGAACCGCAGCCCACCCAAAGAGGCUCUGGGAAACUAUCAAGUUCCUUUACGAUGAAGAACAGACACUGAGCGAGAAUACCGAGCGUGAAUUCCGGAGCCGGUCAGGUCAGCCACUGGGAUCAAAAAGCACAAGGUCAAGCAAUUGUACGCCCCCGUAACAGCCACCUGGAAGUGAGAUCAUGAGCCUGACAACUGACCUCUGAAACAAACCGUUGAUCUGACAAAGCUCAAGACUCUGGGAAUAUGCACGUAUUUGCACUUUGAUGAUCAGAAUCUUCCUGUCCCGCCAAAUACGAAUUCACAUACGUUCCUGCAUGACAUUUAAAUAGCUUCACAGUGAGGACAGAGAGACUUAAACAGAAAAUACCCCUUUGUUGCAACGUCUUUUAUAAAGCAUCAAAUCUACUGAUAGAUUUCCAAAUUAAAGAGAAUGUUUGCAGUGAAAGUUGAACGACAAAAUUAAUUAUCAAAAGGGAGGAAAUGUUGAAACUCUGCCCUUACUUGUGGACAACGUUCACACUAAGUAAUCAAUUAAACUGCUGUUAAGUGAUCAGUGAGGGUUUUGUGUUUGUUUGUUUGUUUGUUUGUUUUUUAUAUAACAGUUUUUAUGCGUCUUAUUUAUUGUUAAUGCGAUUGCGCGCAAAUGGAGUCUGCAUAUUGAAUGUUAAUAUAAAAAUUACGUGUUUGGUGCCAUGCAGUGGUGUCUUAUCAUGCCACGAGUUUCCUUCAUGCAAGUUGACUUGGAGGACACCAAAAAUACAGUACGAAGCUACAUAUUCUCUAAAUAUAGAUCGUGCAGCCUGAAAUUGAUUGUAGUGAGGCCAAAGAUUCGGAGGUAUCCAAUAAAGUGUCCAAAUCA